AUGGCAGACAUGGACGAAGAUGUCGCUCGUCUGCCCUCAAACGACACUUCCACUCACAUCGAGACCGACCUGUCGGACGAAACACAAGACUUCCGCAUGCUAAACCACCUUUCCUUCCUUGCAGACCCAUCACAGUCUAGCCUCCCUAAACGAGGAGAGAAAGACUUCGAGCCCAACCCGACAGAAUUCCAAGCUGAUGUCCUCGCCGCCUCACGCAGGGCUAUGCAUAAUGCCCUCUCGUACCCGCGACUCCACCACCCAAAACACAGGAUCGUUGGCGUAUACGCGCCAGACGGACCCGCACCGCCUUCGAUAGCGCCCGCCGCGGAAGGCGAAACGCAGAACACCGAGUUGAAGUCGGGAAAAGCCCCGGGGACGAAGCUGGGGGUUCAUCGGGACGCGUGUGUGUACGUGGCCAAUCCCAAGGGCCAGUUCUUCAAGACGAUGGGCCAGGGGGACCGGUGGAAUAGGGUGUGGUUGCUUCCUGAGGAGGCGCUGUACAUGCUUGAAAGAGGGAGUCUGGAGGUUCGGUGGCCGGUUUCCGCGACGGGGUGCGGAGAUGCUGGGAAUGCGGGCGACUCGGGGAUCCCUAUGAGCUUGCAGGCGGCGUAUGCGUGUUUUAUUGGGCGCGGUGGGUUGACCAUCGAUAGGUUUACGGUUUAUACGGGGUUGAAGCGUCUGGGUUAUACGCUUACUCGGGCGCCUGCGUGGUAUGACGAUACGGAGGAAUCGAGUGUCGAUUCAGAGACACAGGAGCCCGUUCGGGUUGGUGCAGGUUUAGUAGGGGUGUAUGAGCGGUUCAUGAAAUGGCUUCAGACUCCGAGUCCUAGGACCGCGACAAUACCCCUUGUUGGUGUUGGAAUUCAUCGCAGCUAUAGUGAGUUUGUCCCAGAAGCCAUGAUGUACAAGCCAACUAAUUUUCCAGGUGAUAUCUACCGCAAGCUUGCCAUUAUACCCUGGCAUGAUCCUACACUCCCCCAGUCUAAAGCUCCACGAACGGAAGCUCCCUUCCGGGUUGUCUUCCAUGUCUAUAAACCUUCAACGCCCUUCCGCAAGUCUGCUCCUCCCGCUCCCGAUUUCAGGAUUGCUGUCAUCGACUCCCGCACUCAUUCUAUGCCCACACUCUCACAGCUGGGCACUUUGCUCGAAGGCACGCCGCUAGAUCCGCCGCGAGGCGAGAAAAUGGACAGACAGCUCUAUAUGCGGCUACGGCAAGGGUAUCGAAACGUCAUUCUCGCCGUUAUAGACCAAGGUGUUGUGAGUUACCUGCGAGUUGCGGAUGCCGCGUUUGGAAAGGAAAAGCUAUACGAGAACAGAGGCACUCCUCAAGGAAGUAAGGUAGGAGGAUUUUCGAGAUCGAAACAGAAACCUAAGGGGCGAUGA